UGCUACGGUCUGCACCAGAGGAUGCGCUAGCCGAGCUUCGCGCCCCGCUCAGCGCCGGCAUCUGCUCUUGAAGGUUGGGACUGACGAAGAACAUUUCGUCAUGGCGAUCCUCCGUACGACGGAAAAUGUCUCCCACUUAGAAAAUAACAGUAAUAACAACGUAGAUAACAGCUGCGAUAACAACAACAACAGCUGCAAUAACAACAGCAGCUUACCUGUUACCAUUAACAGUGGAUUGGUAACAGGAAACAUCGGCGGUCAUAUGUUGAAUGAUGAUCUAAACAGGAACAGUGAAGGAAAUUUAGUCAACAUGGACAACUACCGAAGAAAUCCAAACAAAGAAACAAUGAAUGAAAAAUUCAGAGAAAAUAUUUCAAGUCGCUGUAAAAAGAUUAGAAAAAGUGACUCCGAAAUAAAUGAAAUUUGUUCAUCACUUCAAAGCGAUCGUGUCAACUUGGCUGUCAUAGAUCGUGAAGCUAGAAGAAAAAAAUUUGAAGAUAACGAUGAGAAAAGACGGGAUGGUGAAAAAGGAGAAAAUUGCAACAACCUGGAUUGUGAAGGAGGAAAAAGAAAUGGAAGUAGAGGUGAAUGUGGAAGUAAGAAGGAAGUGAAGAACACGUUUAAGAAGGAUUUAAGCGAAAUGUUCUUCAGUAAAGAUAGAACGAGAGGAACUCUACGCCUGCUGGUGCUUCUGCUGGUAGUUGUUCUGCCCAGGCCUGCCAUCGCUGUCGUCUUCGAGAAGCUCGAAGUGAGCAUCCCGCCAUCGCUGGUGGCGGGCCCGGCGGGGGGGGAGGUGCUGUACACCGUCAACCACGACCCCAUGAAGGACCCCGACCCCCUGACCCUGCCCUGCCACGCCGACGGCAUCCCAACCCCGCAAUAUGCGUGGCUGAAAAAUGGCGAGCCCUGGGAACCGCCGCCCGGAGCUGUCAACCGCACAGACGGUGUAGGCACGAUCACUUUCCUGGACCCCCGACCUGAGGAUGAAGGCACGUACCAAUGCGUGGCCAACAACAGCGCCGGGGUACUGUACACGGACGUGGCUGUGCUGCGACGUUCCCUGCUGGGGUACUUCCCCUCCCUCGACGCCCGCGUGGUCACCCUCAACCUGGGGGAACCUCUCACCCUCCCCUGCACUCCCCCAGUGGGCUACCCGCCCCCCUCCACCACCUGGCUGCUGCAGUCAGAGGACGGAGGGCUGCGUAACCUGGAGAACUCGCGUAUCUCCAUCGACGGCGCGGGUACGCUGCGCUUUGCGUACGUCGUCGCGUCUGACGCAACUGAAGACGCAUUCUACGCCUGUGCCGCCUCAUCUGCCACCAGCGCGCACGAUUUGUACGUCGUGCGUGACGCUAAGGGCGACCUCAGCGUCACUGACGUCAAGCCUGCGGCCGACGGGAGCUGUGACGUCACUGAUGAUGACGUCACCUCCAUCACCAUCCCGUAA